AUGUAUAAAUUUAGAAGUAGAUUAAGGGGUAUUCGUCUUCAUCGAGAAACUUCAUGUUACGCCGUCUUCCACAUUGGUGGCGCGACGAUCCUCCUCUCAAACCGUCCCUCCGAUCAUCACAAUUGCAAAUACAAACUCCUCCACACCGUACACACCAACAUAUCAAGUUCCGACCUUUCGUACAGCUGCAUCUUUCAGGAAGAAAACGAAGCCGGGAUAAGAGGCGUCACCAUUACUGAAGACCUUUUCAAAAUCGCAUCCACUGUCAUCAGAUCGAACGUUCGGCAACACCUCGGUCGUUAUCGACAUUUACCUGAUAAUGAAUUGGAGCUUCUUACAUCUACUUACCACAAGGAGAUGAAAAACGAGAAUGUGUGUUCUAAAAACCCUGCAUUUUCUUUCGAUGAUGGUCUUUUAUGUGAUGAGCAAGAAAACGAUUUGGAUUUUGGAUGUGGGUUUGGGUUUGGUUUAUUUGAACAAGAAAUUCAAAUCGUGAAACAAAAAGAUCAUCUUUUUACCCAUUUUGAACAUGAUCUGUUGUGGGAAGAAGACGAGCUUCCUUCCCUUUUGUCUAAAGAGAAAAAUAUUGUUUCAGAAGAAGGGGAUUUGUUCAGUGAUUGGGUUUUAAUAGGUUUAAGGAAAGAAUCUGUCGAUUGGAUGAUUAGGGUUAGUACCCAUUACGGAUUUGUUGCUAUGACAACCAUUUUGGCUGUUAAUUACUUCGAUAGAUUCCUAUUGAGCGACUCUUUCCAGAAAGAUAAGCUGUGGAUGAAUCAGUUAGCUGCAGUCGCUUGCCUUUCUUUAGCUUAUAAAGUUGAAGAAAUCCAUACCCCUCUUCUCUUGGACCUGCAAGUCGAAGGAUCAAAAUACGUAUUCGAAUCCAAGACUACAAUGAAAAUGGAGCUUUUAGUGCUUUCGUGUCUUCAAUGGAAGAUGAAACCAGUAACCCCACUUGCAAUAUUCGAUUACAUAAUGAGGAGGCUUGGUUUAAUUACUCAUCGUCUUCAUUCAGAGUUCAUGAACAGAUGCGAAAGAAUUGCUCUUGCUGUCGUCAAUGAUUCAAGGUCUCUGGUUUAAAGUGAUUGAUCCUGAUAACUCACUAGAUUAUCAAGAACGAGUCAAAGGUUUUCUUGAAAUUAAUGAGGUUUGUUCUUUUCAUUAUUAUAUUCCUUUUUUUAUUUUAUUUAAAAAGGCAGAGGUUAGUUUGACUAAUUGUGAACAAGCUCCUUGAUAACAAGGUCAAUUGUAUGACCAGUUGUUUAGAUCAUUAUGUAUUAGUAUUACCAUUUCUAUUCUUCACUGUAGGGGUAAGAAGGUCAUUUAUGUGAGUAAAAAUUUUUAGGGUGAGGGAAAGCAAAAACAUGUUGGCAGGAUUGUGGAGUUUUUCAAAACAUCUGAUGAUAAAAAUUACUUUAGAGUGCAGUGGUUUUUUAGAGCUGAAGAUACGAUUAGUUUCUGCAACUUUUUCUAUUUGUGUAUUUAUUAGAAUUUGAUAUUCAGCUCUUUUUUCUUUUCCUUUUUCCUUCCAACUUAUUAUCACUCAGGUUAUGAAAAAAGCUGUUGCUAUUCUAGAUAAGAAGCAUUUAUUCUCCUCCACUUUAAUGAAUGACAACUUAUUAGGUUGUAUACUUUCUAAAGUCAAAAUAAUAGAAAAAGCUCCUGGGGUAUGUUCUUUUUUUACCUUUAUCUUUCAUAUAUAAUGCUACCAUCGUUUUCAUCUCUUAUAUUGUUGGUGUCAUGGGUCUUCCUUCCAUAUCUGUAUAUGCAGCCUCUAAAGGUAUUUUAUUAAACUAUAAAUAGGUUUUCAAAAUAAAAGAUGAUCUAACUAUCAUUCCCUUUAUGGCAUGAUUCAUGCACGUGCUCUUAAGUUUUCAUCAAUUAACCACGAACUUGGCAUAGGAUGGAUGCUCUGCUACAAAAGUAAGCAUAAAGGUCAAAGUGGUCUUUUUAUGGGAUAUGUCGAACUAUCAGGUUUGUGUACAUUAGCAACAAGAACUGUGAGUAUGGUUGGUACAAGAAAAGAAAGGAAUGGUUUGAUAUUUGUAAGGAAUAGUGCAAUAAAAUUAUAAAUUUAUAAUAGAUUAUUUUGAUUGUUUUAUUGAUAUUGAUGACAUUUACGAAAAUAAGAUAAAAGGGCAAUAUGGUCUUUCUCUGAUCAUUGUCAACUGUCAAGUUGGUGUGGUGCUUUGAAUGUGUGGUGCGAAAAUAAGAACAAAUGGCAUUAUUGUCUUUUUUUUUUGGCUAUUGUCAAUUGGGAACCUCUCGGAGAAAACGCUUACUGAACAGCUUGCUGGCUGCAUGUAUAAUUUUGGUUAAUUAUCUUAUAAUUUCAUUCAUAUUUUUAACAUCUUAAUUGAAUGGUUACAAAUAUUUAUGUCCAACCUGUGAAAUUCAUAACAUUCAAAUUUUUAUAGUUAAAUAUUGUUUCCAAAUUUGCUAAUUUUGUUCUUUGUAAAAUCUAUACAACUUUUUAAAGGGUAUGUUUGGUAUUUAUAUACUUUUAUCAAACUCUAAAUUAAUUUUCAUUGAUUGAUAGUUGAGUUAGUGUGUGUGUGCAGGUAGAUCAAUAGGACGAGAAAAGGAAGAAUGCCACCUUCUUAUGCCCUCUAUAAUAACCCACAUGACAAAAACAUGAAGUUGAACUGUUGGAAAUGUAUAUAUAUUACCUAAAAGUAUAUUUACUAUUUUUUAGUGUUUUAUUUCGACUAAAUGUUUCCAGGUAAAGAAACUUUUUAGGCUCUGUUGCAAUUUUCUUUGUCUUUAAUUGGAGAAGCUUGUGGAUUUGAAUGACGUUGCUUUUAAUGUUCAUGUGUUUUUUCUUACAACGAAUAAGUAAUGAAGAUCAUCUUUGUUUAG